UGUCGUUCGAAACGGUUGGAUAUUCCGCCGCGAAGUCUCGUCAAAGUUUGAAUCGCCGGCGGUUGAGUUGUUCUUGCGUGUGUGUGGGUGUGUGCAGUGUGAAACCGGAUGUCCAAGUGGACCGUUUAGUGGCGCCAGGCAGGACUUCCGGUUAAAUAGACCGUGUUGUUGGAGUUGAGAUAUUGUCUGGAAGGUGGAAAUUUAAUUAAAUAUUAAAAAAUGAGUGACCUACAAUGAGUUUAUGAACUAGUGAACAAGUUAAUGAGGAUGCUUGGAAGACUUCCAAGGGCAGUAAGGAUGGCUAGGAUGACGAUAGCGAUGAUGAUGAUGAUACUGAUGGACAACGAUUUAAUGAUGAGCGCACACACGGCUUGGUUGAACUAGGUCGAAGGUGUUGGUUUAAGUCUGAUGUCAACGGGGAGUUUGUUUACAAGAGAGGAAUGACUUUCACAAUUGAAUUCACAUGAACAAUCCAGCUAAUCUGUGAACUAUCAUCGGCCAGAAGAACGGUCGAUGCAUUCGCGCUGGUCAGUGAUGGCUGUGAACGCAACCACGGCAUCGAUCACGAUCAACUACACGGCUUCGUUCACGACCGUGUACCAGGAGAUCUUCGUAAACCUUCAAAUCGUCAACGGAGAUCUGUUCAACUUUAGCGAGCGGAUCGUGGUGGAUUCUCCCAACAGCUCGUCGCAGUCCUUCACGCACGACACUGCCAGGGAUCGCGAACGGGACGAUGAGGACGACUGUACCAGGAUCUGUCUGUCGUGGGAGAAGAUGCUGCUGGUGGUGCUGUUCUGUACGCUAAUCGUCAUCACGGUGAUUGGCAACACUUUGGUCAUUCUGUCGGUGGCCACCACCCGGCGAUUGCGAACCGUCACCAACUGCUUCGUGAUGAGUCUGGCCGUGGCCGAUUGGCUGGUGGGGAUCUUUGUGAUGCCACCGGCUGUGAUGCUCUUUGUCGUGGACAAGUGGCAGCUAGGUUGGAUCCUCUGUGAUAUUUGGAUUUCACUCGAUGUCCUGCUCUGUACGGCAUCCAUCCUGAGCUUGUGCGCCAUCAGCGUCGAUAGAUAUUUGGCAGUUACACAACCAUUGACGUACUCCAAACGGAGGCGGUCUAAACGGUUGGCAUUGCUGAUGAUUUUCGUUGUAUGGCUGGUGGCACUUGCUAUCACGUGUCCUCCAAUUUUGGGAUGGUACGACCAGGAUCGCAGCCGGAACGAGUGCCAGUACAACCAGAACAAGGGCUACGUCGUGUUUUCGGCGAUGGGCUCCUUCUUCAUUCCGAUGAGUGUGAUGCUGUACGUGUACUCGAAGAUAUGCUACGUGUUGACGUCACGGCAGCACCGGAUUUCACGGACCGAGGCUACUGAGAAAAGCUGUGAGGUCGAGCCGGACAAUUAUACCUCUGAAAUGGACACCAGCCCAAAACAGCAAUCCGGAGUCGGUGGCUUGGGUUAUCUGGGACGAAAUCUGUCCUCCACGUACGUCGCCCAAUCGCAUCAGACGUUGUACGAGUUUCUGAGUUCGGCUCGAGCCACACCAAAUGCACAACGGCACCAACUGGCCACGCCGACGGCCCGGUUAACCACCCUCGGAUGUCACGCCGGUAGUAGCACCAACACCAGUGCCAGCGGAACCGAAGGUACGGGCAAGUACCGGAACAACUAUGAGAUGCGGCCAAUUAACACGGUCCAGUUCAGCGCCAGCCAGAUCUCACUCGCGGAAUCGUGCGUGUCCAACGUGACCACGAGUCACGCCAAGGUGCGUGUCCACCACGGGAAGCGGAUGCCGAUGCGGAUUUCGUCCCUCAAGCGGGAAACCAAAACGGCCCAAACGCUCAGCAUGGUCGUCGGAGGGUUCAUUGCCUGCUGGUUGCCCUUCUUCGUGUACUACCUGAUUAUGCCCUUUCUGCCGGAACGGUCCAAGAGCAAACACCUGAUGGAGUUCCUUACGUGGCUUGGCUGGAUCAACAGUGCCAUCAAUCCGUUCAUCUACGCGUUCUACAACGUAGACUUUCGGAUCGCCUUCUGGCGGUUGACGUUCCGGAAGUUUUACAAAAGUAAGCCUAAUCUGGCGUUCUUUAAACCAUAGAGGUGAUGAGUUGUUAUACGUGAGGGAUUGUAAGAAUAUUUGGCAAUAGUUUUGAUUAAAUUGAUUUAUUAUGAUCACCAGAUAAAUAAACGAAUAUUAUACUGCCGAAUUGCAACAUUUUGCUUUGAAUUGAAAGGUAAUUUUAGUUUUAGAAAUAUUAAAAAAACGUCUUCAAAGAGAAUGUUACCAAGAGCAAACUUAAAAUCAUGAACAGAUUACCAUAACUCUGCUUCAAAUUGAGUAAUUUUAACAUCCAUUGUUGGUUGAUAAAUCUAAUAGCAUUCCAGGAAACCUCAACAAAAAAUCUCGAGAUAAUUGUGAAUAAUUAGACAAUAAACAGUUGAAUUUUGUCUCAAUUUUCGUAUGGUCAGGAAAAAUUGCAUAAAAAAGUAAAAGCCAAAAAAAAAUGAAAGCACUCAUCCCCGUAGCGGAUGAAAGCAUUAGGAUUAAACCCUCGUCAAAUCUUCCCACAAUCCUCUGCUCGUGUGACGGACUCGUCAUCAGCAAACAUCGUACGCAACAGUACAAAACGUGGCAGCUUCACUGAUUUACCGUGAUGGUUGAUAACAAAGUGACAUUAAUUUAAUACUUAAGUGAAGAGAAAAUAAAAAAGCUUUUCCACAAAAUCUCAAUGUAGUAGACAUUAGUAAAUUUUAGACUCUCAAAAUAACUGUUGUAAAAUAAUUAGAGAAGCAUAGAUAUGAAAUAUCUCCCACGGUAAAAUACAGAGCACAAAAUUUACACAAACUUAAUAACAAGCAAUCCAAUCAAAAAGUAUGGAUUAUUGUUUCACAAUUCGUGAAGCAAGAAUGGUUGCGAAAUUUGGAACAGAUUGAUUCCUAGAAAUUGUCGAUUAAAAUUAAGUGUAAGAAAUUA